AUGGUGGUCGAGGAGAUGCUCGCGUUCUGCGAAGGUCUGAGCAACCCAAAGCUGGGUGUUGGACCGACUGGCGUUGCGUCCGGUGGAGACCACGUUCAGCACUUUGGCGCCAUCGACGAGGUGAGCCGCUCACUGAGCGGGGCGGCAGGCACAUCGUGGGAUAACUCACUGCAUUGCUGGACUCGCUCGACGGAGAACGCGAUGGACGAGUGGACUGUGCUCUACGCGGUGGCGGGCUGCUCGGUGCUGUUGUUCCUGGUGACCAAGGUGCGCGCUCCUGGCUUCCGCGUGGACGGCAAGCAUGUGUUUAUCACUGGCGGCAGCUCCGGCAUCGGACUGGCCACCGCCAAGAAGUACGCGCGAGCUGGCGCCAACGUCUCCAUCAUUGCUCGCGAUGCCAAAAAGCUAGACGCGGCCAAGCAAGAGAUUGAGGCCGUGCGCAAGCACGCAGACGUCCCAGUGUUUACUCAGUCCUGCGAUGUGAUCGACCCUGAAGCGGUGAAGAAGGCAGUCAAGGCUGCCAAUGCGUUCCACAAGCGAGCAACGGACCACGUCGUCUGCAGUGCUGGAAUCGUGGAGCCUGGCUACUUCAUGGACCAGGACGUCGCCGGCUUCAAGCGCUCGAUGGACAUCAACUACUUCGGCAGUCUCCACGUCGUCCACGCUGCGCUGCCAGCUAUGAUCCAGCAGCAUGAAAGCGAGCGUGGUCAGGAAGGAGGGCAGAUUGUGCUGGUGGGGUCCGCCUUCUCGCUGAUGGCCUGCAUUGGCACAGCGCAGUACUCGUCCUCCAAGUACGCGCUUCGAGGUCUGGCCGAGUCGCUGCGCAACGAGUUGAAGCUCUACGACAUCCGUGUGAGCAUUUUCUACCCUGGCAACGUCGACACGCCCAUGCUCAAACACGAGAUGGCACUGACGCCUCCAGAGACCAAGACCAUUGAGGGGGUGAGCACCCCGCUCUCGCCGGAUGCGGCGGCGCAAACGCUGGUCAACGGCAUUGCCAAGGGCCACUUCAGCAUCACGACGGACCCGCUCGUGUACCUGCUUCGCAUCCUGUCGAACGGAGUCACGCCCAUGCACAACACUGUGCUGGAGGCCGUGGCACUGCCCCUGAUCGUCGUCAUUCAAGUGGCAUUCCUCUGGUUCAUGGACGGCGUCGUGCAGUACUCGCGGUGGCAGCGCACGAAGCAGCGAAAGAGCGAGAAGAAGGGUCAGUAG